AAGCACACAAGAAAGUUCUCCUCAGAUGGCCUCCAAAACUUACAAGAGAAGGAAACUAGGGACAGAAUGCAAUGACGUGGAUAGUGGCACAGACAGCAAGACUCCCAUUAUAGGGGAUAUUGAUUCAACCAUGCAACCUGACGUAAAUUUUUCUAGCGUAAUUCAAGAAACCUUAAGCUCAGGCAGAACACCUGAUGACUUAAACUCUGUUUGUGUCAAAAUUGAGACAGAUGAAAGUUAUAAUACAUGUAUGGCUAAUGUUUUUUUUUCUGCAUGUGUCCAAGUGAAACAGGAAGAGAUAUAUCAAGAUCACAAGCAAGAUGUCUUCAAUUUUUCAUAUGAAAAGUCAGAAGUGAAAGGAUGUGUAGCCAAGGAUCCAGAUCUUACCAAACAAGAUGGCUUCAACUUGGCAGGUGUAAAAUUAGAAGGAACUGAAUGUAGCCAGAGUAGCAACUUGAAGACACACAUGAGGUUAUAUACAGGAGAAAAACGGUUCAAGUGUGAGGUGUGUGGUUGUGAGUUUAACCGGAGUGAUACCUUGAAGGAACACAUGAGGAUACAUACAGGAAAACAGCAGUUCAAGUGUGAACUGUGUGAUUAUAAAUGUAGUCAGAGUAGCAACUUGAAAAGACACAUAAGGAGACAUACAGGGGAAAGACCAUACAAGUGUGAGGUGUGUGGUUUUGAAUGUAUCCAGAGUUAUAACUUAAAGAAACACAUGAGGAUACAUACAGGAGAAAAACAGUUCAAGUGUGAACUGUGUGAUUAUAAAUGUAGUCAGAGUAGCAACUUGAAAAGACACAUAAGGAGACAUACAGGGGAAAGACCAUACAAGUGUGAGGAGUGUGGUUGUGACUUUAACCAGAGUAGUGCCUUGAAUGUUCACAUGCGGAUACAUACAGGAGAAAAAUGGUUCAAGUGUGAGGUGUGUGAUUAUAAAUGUAACCGUAGUAGCAACUUGAACACACACAUGAGGAAACAUACAGGGGAAAGACCAUACAAGUGUGAGGUGUGUGGUUAUGCAAGUAGCUAUAGUUCUGACUUGAAGAAACACACGAGGAUACACACAGGAGAAAAAACGGUUCAAGUGUGAGGUGUGUGGUUAUGACUUUAACCAGAGUAGUACCUGGAAGGUACACAUGACGAUACAUACAGGAGAAAAAACGUACAAGAGUGAGGUGUGUGGUUAUGACUUUUACCAGAGUGGUACCUUGAAGGUACACAUGAUGAUACAUACAGGAGAAAAACUGUACACAUGUGAGGUGUGUGGUUAUGACUUCAACCAGAGUGGUACCUUGAAGGUACACAUGAUGAUACAUACAGGAGAAAAACUGUACAAGAGUGAGGUCUGUGGUUAUGACUUUAACCAGAGUAGUACCUUUAAGGGACACACAAGGAUACAUACAGGAGAAAAAACGUACAAGUGUGAGGUGUGUGGUUAUGUCUUUAACCAGAGAAGUGCCUUGAAGGUUCACAUGAGGAUAUAUACAGGAGAAAAACCGUUCAAGUGUGAGGUGUUUGAUUGUGUCUUUAACCAGAGUGGUACCUUAAAGGUACACAUGAGGAUACAUACAGGAGAAAGACUAUAUAAAUGUGAAGUGUGUGAUUAUAAAUCUAAUCAGAGUUUUUCCUUGAAAAGACACAUUGAGAUACAUAAAGGAGAAAGACUGAAAGUUAAAGGUAUGUGGUUUUGCAAGAAACUAGAUUGGUUAAACUGAAAGAGACACAUGUAUAUACAUACAGGAGAAAUACUGCACAAGUGCGAGGUCUGUGAUUAUGCAAGUAGCUGAAGUGGUCAAUUCAGGAGAAAUAUUAGGAUACAUACAGGAAAAGACUGUACAAGUGUUAGCUGUAUGGUCAUGCAUGUAUAAAAGAGGUUUGUAACUUGAAGACUUACAUGAGGAUUCACAACAAAGAAAGACUGUGGAAGUGUGACUGAGGUGUGCUUAUACAUCAUACAUGUUAAAAGACUCAGAGUGGUCAGAGGCAUGCAUUAGAAAGACUGAACAAGUGUGAGGUUUACAGGACUGAACCUUCACUAAGAACCAAACAAGUUAAUGUUUAGCUUAAGACUGAUAUAUGUAAAGUCUUAAAUGCUUUUUUAUUCACAAUAAUUAUGUUUUCUGUUUGAUUUAAGGAAAUUAAUGCUAUUGCUUGAAGUUUAAAAUUUUAUUUGUUUAUAUUAACAUUCAUGUUGUAAAAUCGAUAUAUUAUGAAUGUAAGAUUCGGCAAGUGUCAUAAUGAGAAAAACU